AUGCCGAUCACCCUCAGGCUUGACGACAAAAAUGCCCCUCGGAAGGUGGUUGCCUUACCGCUAACUGCGGCAGCCUUCACCCUGUUCGGUGACGUGGUGGAGAAUCCACGGCCAGACCUCCAUCCAUCAAGCUUCACACCCGCCGGCCACGAUGCACCACACAAUCCGGUGGCGGCGAACCAGGGCUUCGCCAUCAAGUAUCAACAUCCGACGCGGCCGCUGAACCUGUACCACCAGGUACCGAGUCGCAAGCCUGGCGUCGCCGUGGUCAAUGUCUUUGUGUGCGCGGCUCGCAAGAUCGGCGACGCCGGAUUUCCCAUUCAAGUGCUGGAGCGGCACCCCUUCACCACGCAGACAUUCACGCCCAUGUCCCGCGAUGGGACCGACGUUAGGUACCUCGUCAUCGUUGCGCCCAGCUUACAGGCGGGUGCUGCGGACGAGGGGCUGCCGGUGCCCUCGUCGUCCGAAUCGUCUUGGGCCCAUCCCGGUAGGGGCCUGCCCGACCUCGGUCGACUCCAGGCCUUCAUCGCGACGGGCAGCCAGGCGGUGACUUAUGGGGCCGGAACUUGGCACGCCCCCAUGGUAGCCUUGGGAUCGGACGGGACGAGUGUCGAUUUCUUCGUGACGCAGUUUGCUAAUGGGAACAAGCUCGAAGACCUCUCCGGGAUAGUUCUGCAGCCCGGCGAGAACCCCUACAAUGCAUUGAUUAAAGCGUGCAACGGCAGAGAGGCCGAGAUACAGAGCUUAUACUCUACGCACCGCACCGCGAGGAACGAGCAGCAGAAACAAAAAUUCCUGGUCGGCUUCAAUGAGGUCAUUACAGACCCGAUCCUCAUGCGGCUUGAAGAUCCGACGCUAGAACCCGGGUUUCAAGAUCCGCGAAAUUGCCUCGUGCUCUGGGCCAGGCCGCCGGGUCACGUUCUGGAGCUCGCCAGCCACCUACAACACUUGUUGAAGCAAGCCGCACCGAAUCUGUGGCUUAUGCCCACGCAUAGGAUGCACAUGACUGCCAUGGAGAUAACCCACUCGCGCACGCCGGAGGAAAUAUCAGCGCUAGUGGCAACUAUCCGCCCGACGACGGCCAAACUGGCCAACUACUCAUUCACCCAUCGCUCCAGGGUGGUGAAGCCAAUGAUUGUCUACGACCUUGCCGGAGUGGCCUUGUCGUUCGUGCCGGCUGCUGGCGAGCUGCUGGCGUCGUCCGACUCGGCGGCCUCCAACCAAGGGGAAGAUGGGAGAGUGGAUGACGGCUACUCUUACCACCACUUGCGACGGGACCUCUGGGAUAUGGUGGUUACGGACGCCGGAAUCGAGGUCGGGUCCCGAUACGUCGUCCCGUCGGCUCACAUCACGCUUGGCCGCUACUUGACGCAGGAGGACCACGCCACCCCGGACGCCCGCGAGCGGUGGGUACAAAAGAUCGACGAGAUCAACGCGUGGCUGGCGGCUGAGGUUUGGAAAAACCAAGACGAGCGGGCCGGUUUCGUGGGCGAGUGGCUCGUAGGGCAGGAGCGCGGUCUAGAUCUCCGGGCUGGGAGACUCUGGUACGGCGGGGGAAGAACUAUCAUGAUGGGCGAAGGUUUCUGA